GUGAUGCCUGCCAGAGACCACAUGCGGAUCGAGGACUGGGCAGAGUGCCGACAACGUCUGUGUCCAGUUGUUCUGGUACCUGGCAAUAAUGAAAAUAAUAACGGAGUUUGCAGCAAGUCUGCCACAGAUGGCGUUCGCGUCACGCGGUGCGUGUCUGCCAAUGCGGCUGUGGGUGCUGGACUCCUGAGUUGCGCCUCAGCGCCAUCUACGUCCAGCAAGCAUCGCACCCAUGACAAGUUCUCUCAGGUGAUGCCUGCCAGAGACCACAUGCGGAUCGAGGACUGGGCAGAGUGCCGACAACGUCUGUGUCCAGUUGUUCUGGUACCUGGCAAUAAUGAAAAUAAUAACGGAGUUUGCAGCAAGUCUGCCACAGAUGGCGUUCGCGUCACGCGGUGCGUGUCUGCCAAUGCGGCUGUGGGUGCUGGACUCCUGAGUUGCGCCUCAGCGCCAUCUACGUCCAGCAAGCAUCGCACCCAUGACAAGUUCUCUCAGGUGGAAGAUGUGGACAGCACAGAAUGCAAACUGUGUCUGAUUGAUGCAGAAGACUUCAGUGAGUGCCCAGUGAGCCAGUUUGAAGAGAUCUGGAUCCUCAGAGAACUGAACAAGGCAGUGAUUGGUUUUGAUUCCCCUGAUGAGAAUGUCAGGUUGUCUCCUCUGGGGGAAUCCAGGUCUGGGUCCCCAGAGUCCUACAAAACCCAGAUGAGACAAAGCACCAAUAAGUUGACCAGGAAUGGAGACAGUUCCAUUUCACAGCAGAAAUUGGAACUCAGGAUGACCAGCAGAAAGGCAGUGAGCAGACUGCAAGACCUUGCACCAACUAUGACCACAUCCAUGGACACAGAAACUGCUGCUUGCUUGGCAAAACUUGAACAAGAGGACCAAACUGUGGACAGUCUGUCCAGCAUCAGGUCUUUGUCACCAAAAAUUAGCAUGGAAAAAGUGCAAACCAGCAAGCAUACUGAAAGGACUUACAGUACUGAAUCCAAUUAUUUGACAUGUUGUGAGGACAGUGAAGAGUUCUUGAGUGCUGGCAGCAGUAUUGACAAUGCUGGUGAAAUUGACAAGGAUCCAGGGGAUGAUGAUGAAGGACUUGCUGCAUUCAAACUCCUGCAGGGCAGAACUUCUAGAAGAGGAACUUUUGCAGAGAGACUCAGAGAAGCUUUGGAAAGGCAAACUGAAGAAGAGAACAAGUUGCCAGAUGAUGACCAACCCAUAUUGCCCCUGGAUCCUCCAGUGGAUGAAGAGGUAGCAGAUAUCAUCCAAGACAGGCGCCAGUGGCUGGAAUCAAAAACUACAGAAAGCAGCAUUUGCAACAAUCACUCAUCCUUGUCAAGAGGCAACAGCUCAAGAUACAGCUUCAGUUCAGAAUAUGGCUCAGGUGAUGUUUAA